AUGUACCUUAUGAGUUGCACUAGACCUGAUAUUGCUUUCACUAGAAGCAAUUUAAGCAUAUUUACAAGCAAUCCAGGGGAGAAAUACUGGAAAGCAAUUGUGAGGGUAUUGAGAUAUCUCAGAUAUACUCGAAACUAUGGAUUACAUUAUUCUAGAGAUCAUGUUGUGUUAGAAGGAUUUUCUGAUGCUAGUUGGAUAUCUGAUAUUCAAGAUACCAGAGGCACAAGUGGUUAUAUUUUCACAUUGGGAGGAGAAGUUGUGUCAUGGAAAUCUUCCAGACAAACAAUUAUAAUCAGAUCCACGAUGAAAUAUGAGUUUGUAGCCUUGGAUAAAACUGGAGAAGAGGUAGAAUGGAUACAAAUUUUUUUGGAGGAUAUUCGUGAAUGA